AUGGGUGGCGGUGAAGCACAAGAGCUUGAAGGCGUUUGCAAGACCACCGGGGGGAGCAUCGGCGGCAGCUCCUUGGUGCCCACCCGGGCCGAACUGAAAGCCCGAACAGUGGCAGCGGGAGGUGAUCGCCUAUCCACAACCCCCGGUCUCAUACCCCGGAUACACGAACGCCUUCUAGGCGAGCACAACGCCCGUGGCAGCGGCAGGGGUGGGGGUGUGCGGGGCAACACGACAACCGGCGGAGGGUCUCUGGGGGUCCGCGAGAGACAGACGUUCAUGCGAGGGUGGGGGCGAGGCGGCUUCGACAUGAGCGUCACGAGUGACUUUGCAGGGGGUGGGGCUAGGGCGGCGACGGCGGCGGAAUGGAGGCUGUGCGACCAACGGACGAAGCACUGUACCCAGCGGGGAUCGCAUGGCUCGGGAUUCUCGUGCGGGUAUCGGAAUAUCCAGAUGCUUUGCUCUGCGCUCAUGGAGUGGCCCGAGUACAAGAGGGUCCUGUUCGGAGGUAGCGGGUGCAUUCCCGGCGUCGCGCUGCUGCAGUGUUGGAUAGAGCGGGCUUGGGCGGACGGGUACGACCCAGAUGGGUGUGCGCAGCUCGGGGGGCUGGGGGCGCUGAUGGGCAGUGAGACCUGGAUCGGUGCGACGGAGUGUGCCACCCUUCUCAGGUCGUUCGGGGUGAAGGCAGAAGUCAUCGACUUCGAAUCGAGCGCCCCGUUGGCUCCAGCCUUCGCUGGGGAGGCGUCGUCUGCGCAAGAAGAACCAGAAGGAGGAAGCAAGCGCAAGACGCCCAGCUCUGCCCCCCGAUCACCUCUGUCCCUCCACCCUAAUGGCUCCACAUCCUCUCGUGCGUGGCCGUCAGGGCCAUCAUCGCUCGACGCAUAUCCCUCCUCCAACGGGGGGAGGGGCGUCCAGGCCUCCGUUGCUCAAGGGCCGGUACAACAGAGUAUCCGGCCUUUCUUGCCCUCUUCCUCGUCGCCCUCUUCUACUCCCAGAGACCGCAGCGCGGUGACAAGCUGGACCCAACCCGGAGGCGCGAUCAUCGGCAUCGGUGGUGGUUUGGGGGGACAACAUGAGCGGAGGUGGCCGGGAGCCGGACAACGGCUUGGGAACGGUGGCAGAGGCAGAGGUAGAGGCGUGGCAGGGAGGGACGGUUUCCUGUCUGAUGGCGGCGGGCGGGGCGGGCGAGGGUGGCGGGGCGGGAGGGGGGGCCGCGGGUGGGGAGGCCGCGGGGGGAGAGGUGGAGCACACAGGAAGAACGGCUACAUCGGGAAGGACGCGGGGGACAGGAUGGGGAAGGCCCUGGCUGCAUGGGCCUGGGAGUACUUUUGCACGCCGUGGGGCACUGCGGAGGGGAGUUCUUCCUCGAUCGGCGACGGUGACAAAGGUGCCGAGCUGCUGCUGCCGCCGUCACGACCACCGUCACAGCUGCGAGAACCCGGGGGUAGCGGUGGCGGCAAUGCCUGUAGCGGUAGAGGAAGCGGCAGUAGUAGCAGGAGUCGUGAUGCUGGAGGGGCAGGGUCGGGUGGUACUGCUACUGACCGCCGAGCGGAGGCAUGGACACGCCCACCUCCUCCGCUAUACUUUCAGCACGAUGGGCAUUCACGAUCCAUCGUGGGCGUGCUGCAGCCUGGGGGGGCGGGGCAGCGAGGAGGAAGAAGUGGGGGUGGACGAGGCAGGGGCGGGGGCUCCGGCGAUGGAAGUAUUCGCGGCGGGAGGGGGAGCGCGGGGUCCGGGAGGGGGCACGGCGGGGCCGGUAGUCGGCAGGCAGCGUGCCUGUUCGUUUUCGAUCCCUCGCACGCGGGAGGGCCGAUCCGCGAUGCGCUUGAUGACACGCAGAACGGGCGGUGGGGAAGGUUUUUGAAGCGGGGAGGGCACGCGUUGCACAGGCGACAGUUUCAGAUGGUCGCCGUUCGGCCAGGUUUGGUGGAUGCGGGACAGGCGGAUGCAUGGAAGAGAAUCGUUUCCGAGAAAAUUGUGGUAGAUUGA